GUGCAGAGGCGCUCGGCGCGGGCGGCACGGACGGUCCCGCCCCUCCCUCCCUCCCUCCGGCUCCCUCCCGCCAUGAGCGGCAGCGCGGGCGAGGCGGCGCGGCUCUGCCGCCUGCAGCGGGGCCCGGAGGGCUACGGCUUCCACCUGCACGGCGAGAAGGGCAAGCCGGGCCAGUUCAUCCGGCUGGUGGAGGCGGGCUCGCCCGCGGAGCGUGCGGGGCUGCGGGCCGGGGACCGGCUGCUGGAGGUGGACGGCGAGAACGUGGAGCGGGAGAGCCACCAGCAGGUGGUGGAGCGGAUCCGCGCCGCCGCCGGUGCCGUCAGCCUCCUCGUCGUCGAUCCGGUGGCCGAUGAGCAGCUGCAGAAGCGGGCCGGAGCGGGUACCGAGCCCCCCGUGGGUGGCGAGCAGGUCGCCCCGGAGCCGGCGGAGCCCGCGGCGCGGGAACCCAGCGGCGGCGGCCAGCGGGAGGAGCUGCGGCCUCGGCUGUGCUGCAUGAAGAAGGGCCCCAAUGGCUACGGCUUCAACCUGCACAGUGACAAGAGCCGCCCGGGACAGUAUGUGCGCGCCGUCGACCCCGACUCGCCGGCUGAGGCGGCGGGGCUGGCCCCCCAGGACCGCAUCAUCGAGGUGAACGGGGUGUGCAUGGAGGGCAAGCAGCACGCCGAUGUGGUGGCAGCCAUCAAGGCGGGCGGUGACGAGACCAGGCUGCUGGUGGUGGAUGUCCUCACGGAUGAGUUCUUCAAGAAGUGCAAGGUGGUGCCCUCUGAGGAGCACCUGGCAGGUCCCUUGCCAGAACCAGUUGCCAAUGGUGAUAUAGGGAAGGAAAACGGUGGAGAGCCGCGGUCCAACUCGGUGUCCGAGAGCCCGUCCAGCCCUGGGCCGCUGGCCAUGUCCCGCAGCCCUAGUGAGACCCACAGCGAGCCCAACGCACGGGAGGGUGACAAGCGCCAUUCAGCACCUGGCUCCCUCCUGGACCUUGACAUCCCGCUGGCGGUGGCCAAGGAGCGGGCGCACCAGAAGCGCACCAGCAAGCGGGCGCCCCAGAUGGACUGGAGCAAGAAAAACGAACUGUUCAGCAACCUGUGAAGGCCCCGGGGUGGGGGUGAGGGCCCACCGGCCCCACCCUGGCGUCGCACCCACCUCUCCUGCGUCCCCCUCCUCCUCGCUGUGGGCUCCUGGUGGGGAUGCGGGGCUGCUCCCCACCACCCUGACCUGAGGGAUGGGGCUCAGCAGCCGGUGAGCAUCCCCGCAGCGGGAUCCUAGGCGGUGGUUUUAGGCUAGAGGGUGCCAGGGGGUGCCGGGGAGGCUGCCCCCUCCUGUGAGCCCAUCCCCAGGGUGCUCCUCCAGCCCUGCCUUGAUGCCCUGCACACCCCGGGAGGCACAAGCAGGGGUCUGGGGGGGGAUUGGGGGUGGCCUGUGCCCCACACUUCUAAUCCCUGCUGUUCCACCACCUCAAAACCAGUCUCUUUUUGAGUUGUGUCCCCCCACCCAAUUGCCCUUUAACUGCAAAACCUGAGGCUUUUAGUAACUUUUAGCAAAUCCCACCUGCCCAGCCACAGAGCAAUUCCUCCCCGGGGUCUUUGAUCCCCACCUGGCAAGCUCCGUCCAGUGACCCUGUCCCUUCACAUCCCCCCAGUUGCAGCGGGUGCAGGGAGGGAUGUGGGUGCCCAGUAUAGGGGGGAGCCCCCAGCACCCUGCCCCUGGGGCUAUUCUGGGAGAGGAGAGGGUGUCCGGAGCCAGCACAGCAAGCAAUAAUUAUCUCCUUUGCUCUUGCUCACUCCUGGAGACAGAGCCGAUCAGGGUUUGAAUCUGACACUGUUUAACUUAAAGGCUUCUCAUAGACUUUUUUCCAAAAUAAGUUUUCCAAUCACACUGGUGUUUUUUUCUUUUUUAAAUGUAUUUUGUGGAAAUUCUUCCUGUGGAUGUUUUGUUCCUGUGUUUUGCGAUCGGGUAUUGUCGUACUGUCCAGUUAAAGAUAAAUUCUGUUUAUCGGAAUAAACCUUCCUGACUUCGCGUUG